UUUUAGCGUGUCGGCAUUUUAAAUACGUCAUCUUUACCAUUUGAGUGUAAUCGUGUUCUCUCUCUCUCUGUCUCUCUCUCGAUCUCCUCCUUAAGCCUCUCCGUCGCCGGCGUAUCGCAAUGUCGUACGACUACCUCUUCAAGUACAUAAUCAUCGGAGACACAGGUGUGGGGAAAUCGUGUCUGUUGUUGCAAUUCACGGACAAGAGGUUCCAACCGGUUCAUGAUCUCACCAUUGGAGUCGAGUUUGGAGCUCGUAUGGUCACCAUUGAUGGAAGACCCAUUAAGCUUCAGAUUUGGGACACUGCUGGUCAAGAGUCUUUCAGAUCCAUCACCAGAUCAUAUUACAGGGGAGCAGCUGGGGCCCUUCUGGUUUAUGACAUAACUAGGAGAGAGACAUUUAAUCAUCUGGCAAGCUGGCUUGAAGAUGCGCGGCAGCAUGCAAAUCCCAACAUGACGAUCAUGCUUAUUGGGAACAAGAGUGACCUUGCGCACAGAAGGGCUGUCAGCAAAGAAGAAGGGGAACAAUUUGCGAAGGAAAAUGGGCUUUUGUUCUUGGAGGCAUCCGCAAGAACUGCCCAAAAUGUUGAGGAGGCUUUCAUAAAGACUGCCGCUAGGAUACUUCAGAAGAUCCAAGAAGGCGUGUUUGACGUGUCCAAUGAGUCAUCUGGCAUCAAGGUUGGCUACGGUCGUCCCCAAGGUCAAGCAGGGGCAAGAGACGGAACAGUUUCCCAGAGAGGUGGAUGUUGCGGCUGAUUAAUACACACAUUUGCUUAUAUAUCCUAUCCUUGCGUUAAAAAAAAAUUCCUACCCUUGUGUGCCAAAAAAGGAAGCUCUGCUCAGCCAUCCCAAAAUGAGUUAAGCCUUUUAACUUGACUGUGUUGCAACUUCUCGAGAGUGUGGGAUGUACAGAUGAAGGUGAUUUGAUUAAACUAAAGAGUAGUUAAACUUGUCUAUUGAGUGCUGGAGGAUUUUUACUGUAUCCAGUUGAGUCGAUUGAAUGAUUGUGCAUUUUAUAUCAUGUAUCCCUUAUUUUUUC